AUGCAAAAAAUGAUGAGAAAUUAACCGCAAUCCUUGAUGAUGCUCUAUCCAGUUGCCAAGAAAUUUCAUUUAUGGCCAUUGACAAUGAAGAGUUAUCAGAAAAAAUAAAUGGAAAGUACAGCUAUGUAUUACGUCUCUACAGUUCUCUAAUUAAUGGCCAAAAGGCAGUAGUAACUCUUUAUAAAAUCCGGGUAUUCUUUGACAUUUUUGUACUGGAUAGGAAGACUCCAGAUGAUUUUGAAACAAAAAUAUAUUUACAAAUUUAUACGCAUGGUACUGGUAAAAGAAAAAUAGCUAUUAAGAUUAUUCAAGAUAAUAAUUACGAAACUGUUUCAGAUGAUUUAUACUCAUUUUAUCUGAAAGACCUAAAAAUAAUAGGUGACCAUUUUUCUAUUUCAACACUCAGAAGGGAUUGUACUCUUGUUCUUAUAUGGGAUAUAGAGAAGCAAUCACAAGAGUUGAGUGAAUUUGCCAAAAAGGAUGAUCCAAAGCCAUUAAAACAGUUUUGUCUUGUAGACGUUGAGACAGAAUCAGAUCUUAAGUAUUUGCCUCUGACAUCCAAGUUGGGUUUAACGAUUCAGACUAUGAUUGAAAAAUAUUGUGAAAAGAUAGGAGCGAAAUCUAAGAAUGCUUUUAAGGCAAAGGUUGCUAUUAAGCCUCCUGAAGAAAGCGAGAAGGAUCUAGAGGAGAAAGAAUAUAUAAGCGGUCCAAUUAAGAUCAAAAUUAGUACAGAGGAGAAUUUUACUUCUAGCUUUCUUAAACUGCCAGGUUGCGUACUGAUUGAUGUCUGGUGCAGUCUUGACAGUAAGGCUGAUAUGCCAUACAAUAAAAUGUGGAAAAUCUAUUCAGAGGCAAAUAAAAGCUCCUUCUCAUCAACCGCAAGAAAAAUGCGUGAAGUAGCUAACUAUUGCAUUAUAGACGCACUGCGUUGUCAGGAGCUAUUGGUAAAACUAAGUAUAAUUAAUGAUUAUAGAGAAGUUGCUUUUAUAGCUUAUGUAUCUUUUUUUGAUGCACACUAUUGUGCAAAUAAAUGA